CUUGUUGAGGCUGACUUUUUCAUGAAACACAUGUACAGUACCUAGCCGCCGUGGUUCGACGAAAUUAGUUCGUCAAGAAGUCGGCUGUCGCUGGGAUUUUGUCGUAAAAUUGUUUUUCGUUGUGCACAUUAUACACCAACAUCAUGCCAAUGUACCAGGUAAAGCCCAUCAAUGGGAGUGAAAUAAAGAUUGAUUUGCCAACGUGCAUGUACAAGUUACCGAAUGUCCACGCUCAAGCAAGCAGCUGCUCCGAACAUGCGCUUCAGAACGGUGAGUUAGACCCAGCCGUGGCAGCCCUGGAGCUGCGUCAAGAUGAGAUCAUGCGCAGGCUCUACGAGCUAAAGGCUGCCGUGGAGGGCCUGGCCAAGACUGUGACCACCCCCGAUGCUGACCUGGACGUGACCGUGACUAGCCUCUCCCAGAGCCCCACCUCCACAGCCUUCAGAGGGACCUCAGACCUGGACUCGCUUCUGGGAAAGGACCUUGGUGCACUCAGAGACGUAGUGAUAAACGCCAGCCCAACCCGGCCUCCUCUCACCCUGCUGGUGCUCCAUGGGUUGCUGUGCCAGCGCUACCGGGUCCUCUCCACUGUCCACGUCCACUCGUCUGUGGCCGAUGUGCCGCCGGCGCUGCUGUCCUGCCUCGGCCCGCAACACGCCGACAGCUACACCCGCCAGAGCUUCCAGCUGGGCUUCACCCUCAUCUGGAAAGAUGUGCCAAAGCUGCAGAUGAAGUUCAAUGUCCAGAACAUGUGUCCUAUCGAAGGCGAGGCCAACGUGGCCCGCUUCCUGUUCCGCCUCCUCAGCCCCUACCCCAGUGACCCUGCCCUCGCCACCUUGAUUGACAGCUGGGUGGACACCGCUUUCUUCCAACUGGCCGAGGGAAGCGCCAAGGAACGUGCCACCGUCCUCCGAGCCCUCAACAGCUCCCUGGGCCGAGAACCCUGGCUGGCCGGUCCUGAGCUCUCAUUGGCCGACAUUGCCUGCUACUGCUGUGUCCGCCAGACGUGCUCCUCCACUCCAGCCAAUGUCCAGCGGUGGUUGAAAGCCUGCGACAACCUGGGUCACUUUAGCUCCACCCUCCCCCUCCUGCAGUGAUUUCAGCUUCCCAGGCCAGGAGAGGCUGACCUAUCAGAGUUAUGCACUAUGCAUACAACGAGGAGAGGGUGUUUAAGAAUUUAAGUGUAAAUCAUAUCCAAACUUGAAAUGUUUUUCUAGUAACUGCGUCCUUUAUCACUUUUAUUACAUUAAAUUAACUGUUAAGGAAGCAUGGUGGAAGAAUUUGAACCUAGCUGUUUUAGCCAAAUUCAGCGUUGAGAUAAGGGAUGUCUGAGGAGUAAAGCAUUUAGGGUAAUUGGAUAUGAAGUAUAAGUAAUAAAAAAUAAAGCUGUAAACACAGUACAUCCCUCCUACCUCGUGCCUAUCAUGAUCCUGUACUAGAUGCUGUGUGGUGGUGGUGGUAUUAAACCAUUAAACAAGACAAGUGGUGUAAAAAGUGACGCAAACAGAGCCUACUGGAAUGAUGUGUGCAGUAUGAACAGUAAAACUUUGUAGCGUUUUUCUUUUAAAUCAUUAAAUUUUCACUUUGGAUGAAUCUUUAAA